AUGGGUCAAGAACAGUCCAAUGCAAUACCAGCAACAAAUAAGGUUACAACCACUGCAUUUACAAAUGGUAGACAGCAACAACAAAGUAGGCAACUUCAACGUCCUUUAAUGUCGACAAUCGUUGCAAUUACUAACAAAAAUCCAAACUACUUGUCAGCCAAUACCUACUUGAAUGAACCACAGGGUGGCAUUAUCGAAGUUGUAAAAGGCUUAGAAGAUACUGGCUCAGAAGACGAGUUGCAGCAAUUACGAAGCAUUCAGGCUUUUGAGCCUUUUUUGAAAGAACAUAAUAUAGGCUUCAAUUUUGAGAAUUUAUUACGUUUACGAGCGUCUUCUGCACUACCAACAACAUCGUUAACAGAACAUGCAGAUAUUAUUUUUGAUCUACUGAAUGAAGUACAGACGUAUAUCAGAUUUAAUAACAGGAAUAUCAAUGAAGAGCAAAAUAUCCUAUUGAAGCGAAUAGCCUAUGCAAAUCAGCUAACGUCUACAUGCUUUUUGGCCUUGUGUUCUGGAGUAGCUCAAGCUAGAAUGGUUGUAGAAAAGUUACCAGAAGUAAGAUUCUUCAGAGAUCAGGCGAUCAAGUCUGAACAGCAAGCCAUUCAUAUAUUCCAAGCUCUAUCCGAAAUUGAGCAACAACUUGAUCAAAAUUAUACUAUAUCAACGCAUGACAAUGAUGAAGUCUCAUUAGAAGAAUGGCACGGGCUGAAGGAACUUCGUGCGCGCUUAUUGCAGCCUAUUAAACAGCAUGAAUCUUUCUCAACCUCUCCUACACCACAAUUAUUAUUAGAGCGGUUUAUCACAAGCUCUAGUGAUGUUGCCACUUUAGGCACAACAAUGGCUGUCUCCACUCCCCUUGAACAAGCUUCAUUAACAUCCUUAGGACCAGCAUCCGAGAGGAUUGAUAAAUCGUCUGACGCUAAUUCUGUAGAAGCAACAUUAGUUGCAAAGCGAUCAACAUCUUCAACAUCUAUUGCCUUGGACCGUUUACGUGGAUUGUCUUCUCGAUCAAUACAACAACAAAUACAAUACGCAUCAGAUGAAGAUAGCUAA